AUGCUUGAUAACACUGUGACUGAGUCCUCACAAGUGAGAAGUUUAGCGGUGAACCUCUCUCCAAACCCUAAAGAAGAGUCUCCUCCACACUCCACUCCCUUUCCUACCCUCUCUGAGUCCACUCCUCCUCUAAGCAAGUCUGAAUAUGUAUGUCCUCCUCCAGUCUCACCAGUCGAACAGAGUCAACAGGGUGAACAAGGGAACCUCGUUCAGGAACCUUCUACUCUAUCCAUGGCAGAGCACUUAAGUGAAGAACGGGUGACUAGUAAUGAAGAGACAGAGAUCUCCUGGACAAGUGAUGAAUCUGAAGGCAUCACUCCUUCGUCUGUUGAAAUUGCCAUGGAACCACAAGAAAAGGAGGAAAUAGAGAAUACGUUGCCCAUUACGUCAGAAGGGGUCAUUAUAGAAAAAUGUGCAGGAGGGUUUGAGCCACAGGGGGAAGGAACAGAAAAAGAGGGAGAAAUUGUACCAUUUGAACAGUCGGCACAAGAUGAGGCUACUUGGGACCCAAAUAAUGAACCUGAUCCCUCCAUGGAGAUUCCAGGUCAGGAGUCAUCUGACCAGGUCAGUGUUGAUCUUGCUCCCUCUCCUCACUUUGAUGCUGAGCCUUUGAAUAUGGUGGUGCCUGAGACAAAUCCUGACAGCGAAGAAAACGCAAAUGAUUUGGUGUAUGCUAGUUUCAUCAGGGAUAGGACUAAGCCAGUGGUAACUUUAGAGCCACCUCCUAAGCGACCUACUACUCGGUUGCAGCAAAAGGAGGCUCUAGAGUUUACCCUCAAGAAGAGUAAAAAGAGUAGAAGAAGGAGAAGGUUGGUCAAAGAUGGAAAAGUGGUACAAGUAGAGGAUGUUCCUGUAGUGGAUGUGGAUGAGGAAACCAAAGAGGAACCUAGUUCCCUGUCCCGCAAGUCUUCAAGGAAGAAGCACUCUCUUUCUCAAUCCCAAAAGCACACCUAUAAGGGUGCUGAAUGUUCUUCCAAGAGUGAUGUUACUGGUUCCAGUAAAAAGUUGGAAAAAAGUUUUGGUGACAAGACAGUGAAAGAGCGUGGUGACAAGUCUGAUGAGGAAGAAGUGGAGAAAUCUGGUGAGCAUAGAUAG